UGCUGCUGUUUGUCCCUGCUGCUCUGGCCAUUUUGCUCUGGAGGGAAGCAAUGAGGAGGUAGCAGCAAUUGCCACAAGAGAAGGUGUCGGGGUGAGAGGAGGAGACGACCCCCCCCAAAAAAAACCCAGCAAAAAAAGAGGCCCAAGAUCCAGAAGGUGGAAUUAAAACACACAAAAAAAGCUAAAAAGCUGCUGUCUUGGCCAACAUAUGCUCUUUUUUCGCAACCGUCUUGGAGGGGUGCUUUCCUUUUUUUGGGGGUGGCAGGGCCAGAAAAGGGGGGCCUGGACCCCAGACCCUUGAAAAUCCCGUCCACCAAGCCCCUCGGCCGCCCCGGGCUGGAUCUGCCGGAACCAUGAGCUGGGGGAAAGAGUUGUGGGAUCAGUUUGACAAUCUCGAAAAACACACUCAGUGGGGUAUUGACGUCCUGGAGAAAUACAUCAAGUUUGUAAAAGAGCGGACCGAAAUCGAAAUCAACUAUGCAAAGCAACUUAGGAACCUUUCAAAGAAAUACCAGCCCAAAAAGAACUCCAAAGAAGAGGAUGAAUACAAGUAUUCGUCAUGUCGAGCCUUUUUAGCCACUUUGAGUGAAAUGAACGACUAUGCCGGGCAGCACGAAGUCAUCUCGGAGAACAUGACUUCCCAAAUCACCACUGAGCUGGCCCGUUACGUGCAAGAACUGAAGCAGGAGAGAAAAUCGCACUUCCACGACGGCCGGAAAGCACAGCAACAUAUCGAAACCUGCUGGAAGCAGCUUGAAUCGAGCAAAAGGAGAUUUGAGCGGGAUUGCAAAGAGGCGGACAGAGCGCAGCAGUAUUUCGAGAAGAUGGACGCUGACAUCAACGUCACGAAAGCAGACGUCGAAAAGGCACGGCAGCAAGCUCAGCUCCGGCAUCAUAUGGCCGAAGAAAGCAAAACGGAAUAUUCCGCCAUGCUGCAGAAGUUCAACCAGGAGCAAAAUGAGCAUUAUCACACCCAGAUACCCAACAUCUUCCAGAAAAUCCAGGAAAUGGAAGAGAGGAGAAUAGUCCGGAUAGGCGAAUCUAUGAAAACCUUUGCUGAGGUCGACCGGCAAGUCAUCCCGAUCAUUGGGAAGUGUCUAGACGAGAUCACGAAAGCAGCGGAAUCCAUUGAUCAGAAGAAUGAUUCCCAGCUGGUCGUAGAAGCUUUUAAGUCCGGCUUUGAGCCUCCGGGCGAUAUCGACUUCGAAGACUUCACGCAGCCCAUCAAGCGCACGGUCUCCGAAUCUAGCCUUUCAAACUCCAAAGACAGCAAAUCCGAAUCCCGGUUCAGCGGCAAGUCCAAGGGCAAACUGUGGCCGUUCAUCAAAAAAAAUAAGCUUAUGUCCCUUUUAACGUCCCCCCAUCAGCCGCCUCCUCCGCCCCCUUCCUCUGCCUCACCCUCUCCUGUUCCCAAUGGCCCUCAGUCUCCUAAGCAGCAAAAGGAACCUCUGUCCCAUCGCUUCAACGAGUUCAUGACCUCCAAACCCAAAAUCCACUGCUUCAGGAGCCUAAAACGCGGGCAGUCCCAAUCCUUGUAUUUUCACAAAGAGCUCAUGAAGAGGACUUUAGGCAAGCCCACCUAUGCCCUUGAGGCUAGGGAAUAUGUUCUUUCGCUCAAGCUGGGUGGAGGACCGGAGGACUUUAGCAACCUCCCCCCUGAGCAAAGAAGGAAGAAACUCCAGCAAAAGGUGGAUGAGCUCAACAAGGACAUUCAGAAGGAGAUGGAUCAAAGAGAUGCCUUAACGAAAAUGAAAGACGUCUACAUCAAGAACCCGCAGAUGGGCGACGCGGCCAGCGUGGAUCACAAGUUGGCCGAGCUUGGGCAGAACCUGGCGAAACUGCGGCAGGAGGCCCAGAAAUUUGAGGGCUGGCUCGCCGAGGUGGAAGGCCGGUUGCCUGCCCGGACCGAGCCGACGCGGCGUCAGAGCGGGAUGUACGACCCUCAGAACACCUUGACUGUCAACAACUGCGCCCAGGAUCGCGAGAGCAGUCCGGAUGGCAGUUACACAGAGGAACCGAGCCAGGAGAGUGAGGUGAAGGUGCCCGCGACCGAGUUUGACGACGAAUUCGACGACGAAGAACCACUGCCCACUAUCGGAACGUGCAAAGCCCUGUAUACUUUUGAAGGUCAGAACGAAGGGACGAUUUCCGUCACUGAAGGAGAAACCCUGUUUGUCAUAGAGGAAGACAAAGGUGAUGGAUGGACCCGGAUCCGGAGGAACGAAGACGAGGAAGGCUAUGUCCCCACCUCCUACGUCGAAGUCUUUUUGGAGAAGAAUGCCAAAGAUUCCUAAAAGUGUUGGUUGCUGGUACAAGACCCUCAGGGCGAGCUGGGCACCAAGAGGAGAAACAAUGGUCUGGUUGUUGCUUUUUUAGUGGUUUUUUUAAAAGCACCCUGUUCUCUGCAGAGUGUGUCUGUUUUUCAAACCACCUCCGCCCCUCUAGCUCGGAAUGGAGUCCACAUUUGCGGGGCGAGGAAUAAAACGCCGGAUUAAAACUGUACGUCCCGUCCCCAGCUCCCAACGCCACCCCUCGGUUGCUUGCUAAACUCUUCCCAGCAUGCCACCUGCUGCCUAAAACUAACCCAACCUCCUUCUCCCCCUGCUCCACUUUACGCCAUGGUUUGAGUAGGGUCUAACAUAGAAUGUAACCAAACGCCUCCCAUUGUGGUUUAUCUGAACUCCAGGAAAGGGACACCAGGAAAUUCUAUUGGCGAGUGACCGACCCUUCCGUACACGGUCGGCCAAUUCAGCUCCGUUACUGUUCCCAUUUUACAGAUGAGAAAAACGAGGCUGAAAAACGGUCAUUGGCCAACCAGGGUCUUCUUAGCCAAGGUGGGAUUUUAUCCAGGCUACCAAUUGAACGCCUACCUGCUGUUCUUCUCCUCUCUCUCCACCCAUAAGGCUAGGCGAACACGCAGCAUGUGGCGUCCAGUUCUGUCAACGACUGGGACCUGCAAAACGCAGACGGAGUGGAUUUUACAAAAUCCGUACCUCCGUAGUCUAAUGGGGCUUUCUCCCAGCAAAGGGUGCAUAGGCUUACCGCUGCUUCCAAGAGGGAGCCCUUGAGGGUCACUUUACACACGGUGAACACAGACCGGCCACCACGUGGGCUCGGCCAACUUUUUUUUACCCGUCAUGCUAAGUGUCUUUGUUGCAUUUGGGAAUUACAUUUUUAUGUAUGUGUCCAGGGAGAGCCACAC